UUGUGCCUGUCAAAGUUUGAGCAUUGCAUGGCUGCUUUGCCGUCUCCAGAGCAACCGGGGUUGAGACUUUGAUGCCCACCCCGGUCUCCCCAAUUUCCCCAGUUUCGCGAUCAAGCUGGACCAAACAGACUACAAGGUACGCCGUAUUCUUCAAGGAGGAGGUUUGUAAAGUGAUGCACUCCAUGCAAAAUAAACACGCUGAAGGCUCUGAAAGUCGAAACAUGAUGGAUCUUUUUCGAGCACCCCGUUCGAACGUAGACGAGAUUUAUGCUUCAAGCCCAAACUUGACCCAGCCCUUGAUGGAGCUGGACUGUUACAGGAAGGCAGCCAUGGGCCUCCAUGAGGCCCUCAGAUUGCGCGGCUUUCACAAACCUCCCAAUGAUCCAGCUGCCUGGUAUGCCUACAAGACCAAGACCAGGAUCGAAAAGUGGGCUGCACCAGCAGUUUGGACUCUCUUGUUUCUGAGUGUUUUUGAGACUCCUGUCUGGUGCAAAAGCCGCCCGUUUGAAGAUGUUGGAGUUUGCAGAGCUGCAGACGAUGACAACCGGUACAUCAUGAGUGGCGUACCACUGCUGCCAAUCAGUUUGGCAGUCAGCUUGGAGUCCUGCAUUCUGCUUUUCCUCUUUAUCCACUUUGCGUCCCAUGUGCGACUAUAUGCCGCAGUACGAGGUUCAGGUCACGCAACCACAGCAGGACAUCUUUGCCUUGAAGGCAGCCUUCUGGUCUUGAGUGUUUUGGACCUGGUGCAAAGCCUCGCUGGUUCCUCUGCACGCUUUGCUCCUUUGCUGAGGUUUGGCCUUGCUGCUUGUUCGGUACCACGACUCCAGGAGCUGGUUUUCUCGUUUUUCAGAACUACCCUGGCAGUAAGCAAGGUGGGUAUGUUUUUUCUCUACACCGUAGUCCUGUUUGCUUGGGUAGCGGCCACAAUUUUCGAUGACGAAGAGGGAAAGGAUCAGUUUGGAGAACCCAUUGGCCAAGGCUUUGAAUCGUUUAGUGCUUCCCUCUACACAUGCUUCACGACCCUCAAUACGGCAACCUUGCCAGAUUCAAUGGUGCCUUCCUACGAUUCAAGUCGAAGCUACUUGCUGCUAUGGAUGCCCUUCAUCUUUGUGGGAGCAGUUCUGCUGAAGCAGGUUAUUUUAGCAGGUGUGUACAAUGACUACAGCAAGCACACCAAGAACUUCUUGGUAGAAGGACGACGUUUACGGAAGUCUGGUGUUGACGGGGCCUUCGCACUUCUGAAGAGUCCUGCACCCCCUGGAUGCAACAAGGGAGAUGUUGUGAGGUACCAAGAUUUCGAGAGACUUGUAGACGUUUUGACGCCCUUGCUGGAAAUGACUGUCACCAAGGCCUUUCUGCGGGUGCUUUUCCAAGCUCUUGAUGAUGAUGCAAACGGUGUCCUAGACCAUGGUGAGUUUCAGGACAUGUGUGAUGUGCUCCAGUUUGAAUUUCACAUCACUGAAAGAGAUGCCUGUUUGAAGCAAUGUAUGGAAGGAACUUGCGUAGAGAGGACCAUGACUGCCUUCAUGGAGAAUGAUUCUACUGGUCCAAAUUUAGGCUACACUUGCAGAUAUCCUGGCUGUGUAAUGGACAAAAUCAUGAAUGCCGUGAUUGGUCUGAACGUGGUGUGGGUCUUCACUGAGUCUGUGGUUGACUUGAACGACUGGGAGGAGGGACCUUGCUUCCAGUACGCGGACCUAUUCUUUUCCUUUGUUUACGUUUUGGAGGCAGUCUUGAAGCUUUGUCAUUGGUCCUGGGCGGAGUACUGGUAUCACGGAGACAACAGGUUUGAUUUCGUAGCAAGCAUGCUGUUGGGAUUUGUUGGUUUGUUAUUCUUUCUGCUUCAGCAAGUUUCUGUGAGUAUGCUGCGACGUGCAAACUUGCUCCGUUUGCUACGAGUGCUCAAAGCGAUGCAACACAUGAAGUUCUACCAAAGAACAUGCAUCAUCGUGAAAAAGCUCUUAACUACCUGCCGGGAGGUGCUCCUACUGAACUUGUUGGUGGUCCUUCUUUGGGCUUCGGGUGGAGUGCAGCUCUUUGGUGGUCAGUUGGUGGAGUCCAACCCUCGCUUGGAGGGCAAAGAUUUGGGCUACUUCAGCAGCCACUACCAGGUCUUCAACUUCAAUGAUGUGCUGAUGGGAAUGGUCACGCUGUUUGUCUGGACACUGGGAGAUUGGAACGAUGACAUUGCACUCGCAUGUCUCGAACUUGCUGAUCCCUGGACAACUUACAAGGCCUUGAUAUGGACCUUCUUGCUGAGCUAUUACAUUGCUUCGCCCCUCUUAGCUUACAAUGUACUUUCUGCCUUUGCAAUCGAUGUGUACCAGAAGAUUGAUGAAGAGGUUCAAAACCAAGAGGAAAAGGGCUAUGAACUUUGCGAAGUGGAGAGAAACUUAUUGCUGAUCCAGGCUGAAAUGGCUGCAAAUGGUUUGGUGCUACACAUGAAGGAGUCUGCCGAUUUGGCAAAGCUUCGAAUCCACACUGCCCUCUUCAGUUGAGACUCUGGCAGUGUGUUUCUUGCUGCGGCAAUUGGACGUUUUCCAGAAAUUACUGCCGACUGACUGGGUCUCCAAACCAGACAUGUUCAACUCAUUU